UACCUGCAAAAAAAAUGUAUAUGAAAAUUAAAUUAUUAAACACAAAAAUAUUGUUAGAAAAUAUAACAUAUGAUGUUAAGUUAACUAAAUAUAAAUUUACAUGAUGAAACGAAGAUUAGAUAAGUUAAAAAACAAAGGACUGUAUUCAUUUUUUGAAAGGAAAAUAAGUUUUAUUCUUUUUUUUAGUAAUCACUCUGAGCUCUUGUUGAGAUCAAAAUAGUGCGAUAUUAAUAUACAAUUUUUUACUUUGUAACGCAAUAGUUGAUAUAAUACAUUCGACGUUUUUUCUUAUAAAUAUUUAGAAAAACUCCUUUAAAUUUUCAGUUUUAGUUAAGAACUAUCAAAUGUGCAUAUAUCUAUUAUACUGGGUCAUUGAUUAUUCAGUUAUUUCAAAUGAAAUAACUAUAGUCAUUAAGUUUUGUUUUGAGCUUGAAAGAGACUUGCAAGUUUCUCAAAAUUUUGAUUUUUUAAUUAUAAUUUAUAUAUUUUUGUAAAAGAUUCUUUUGAUAACUUUGUAUACGGAUGUCUUUAGAAUGCAGCAAUUGCACCGAUGCCAAACAGUAUCCAAAACCUAGAACUUCUAAACUAAAGUCAAACAUGAGAGGGAAAUAUUCCAAAUAUGUUUGUAUAUUUAUUCACAUACGACAGCUGAUGUUCUGUCUUUUCUCUUCUGAAUGAUUGAUUAGUCAGCUAAUAAUUUGUCUCACUCAACUACGUGUUAUAUUAUUAUAUUGUCACGUGUGAUCCUAAAGGUAAUCCACUAGAAGGUGGGUGAAUCUUUGACUUUAGUGAUCUCGUUAUCAUACGAUAGCCUUUAAAAUGGCUGUUGAUACCAACCAAUGGUGAAAUAGUCAGUAUAUUAGAAAACCAAUGAAACUAAACCGUAAAUCAAACCGCAGUAAACCGACUUUUCAUACGUAUCCCAACACCACAUCAAGUUGAACUAGUAAGUAAAUGAUCCACUUGAAGACUUGAAGUCACUCUUUUCUCUUCAUGCUUUGUUUAUAGAAUCAAAGACUACAAGAAGAAGCACCUAAACACAUAAAGAUGAAGAUGAAGACGGUUCUUGUAAUCAUAAACUGUAUAAUCUUGGCGAUAGGAAACUGCGGAGGCCCUCUAAUGACGCGUCUCUACUUCAGAAACGGUGGCAAACGAAUCUGGUUCUCAAGCUUCCUCCAAACCUCAGGUUGCCCCAUCAUCCUCCUCCCUCUCCUCUUCUCCUUCCUCACACGUCACCGUCAACAACAAGAACAAGAAGAACCAAAGACUACACUCUUCCUCAUCAAACCUCCACUGUUCUUGGCCUCUGUUGUGGUCGGUCUCCUCAUCGGCUUCGACAACUACCUCUACGCUUACGGCUUAGCUUACCUCCCAGUCUCCACCUCCUCUCUCAUCAUCUCCUCUCAGCUAGCCUUCACAGCUCUCUUCGCCUUCUUCAUGGUGAAGCAAAGGUUCACGCCUUUCACUAUAAACGCCGUCGUUUUGCUCACUCUCGGCGCCGGAAGCCUGGCCCUUCACGCGGACGGUGACAAGCUCCCCAAGGAGACGCGCAAGGAGUAUAUAGUCGGGUUUGUAAUGACUGUCGCUGCAGCUGUUCUCUACGCGUUUGUGUUGCCGCUUGUGGAGCUCGCUUACAAGAAAGCUAGUCAGAGGAUCAGCUACACGCUUGUCCUCGAGAUGCAGUUGGUCUUGUGCGUGGUCGCCACUUGCUUAUGCCUCGUUGGUAUGCUCGCUGAUGGGGACUUCAAAAAUCAAGAAUUUGACUUUUUGUUCACUGUGCAGGAGUUAGGAAGAGAAGCGAGAGAGUUUAAGCUUGGAGGGUCGAAGCAUUACUGUCUGGUGGUUGCGUUCACGGCUGUUAUCUGGCAAGGCUUUUUCUUGGGGUCUAUAGGGAUGAUCUUCUGCGCGUCGUCUCUAGUCUCUGGAGUUUUGAUCAGUGCUCUGCUUCCGUUGACGGAGGUCUUGGCUGUUCUUUUCUUCAAGGAGAAGUUUCAGGCGGCGAAAGGCGUCUCUCUGUUUCUCUCCCUUUGGGGGUUUGUUUCUUACUUCUAUGGAAAGAUUCAGUCCGAGAAGGAGAAGAAGAAGACUCAGGAGGCAGAACUGUCUCAGCUUCCAGCGACUGAGUCUUUUGCUUAAAAAGAAUCUAAUGGUCUGUGUAAAAAAACACACAACUCUGUGAUGUGGUGGUUGCACUUUGGUUAUGUAACUGGCAUGGCUCGUUUGCUCACAUAUACGAGUACAAAUUUUUAUUACA